AGGAGCAGCGAGACUCUGAAGCUGUUGCAAUAGCCAGACAAUUCCUUUGUGACAAGGACAGGGUGCCCUUCGCCAGAAUGGAAGCUGCCAUCAGUGUCUUGGUGUCCCAGUUUAAGACAUUUGCUGGAAAGGACGGUUCGUCGGAUACACUUAGCCGAGAUGAGUUCCACAGCCUGGUGGUGUCACAGCUUCCCAACUUUGUGAAGAACGCCAGUGAUCCAGCUGCCAUCGACAAGCUGAUGGGAACGCUGGAUGAAAACAAUGACGGAGAGUUGACUUUUCUGGAAUUCUGGCAGCUGAUCGGCACCCUGGCAAGCCAACAUGGAGGUUUUUAGUCAGUAGUAACACAUACAGUACAAUAAGAGGGCCAUCACUGGCAGUGUGUGUGUGUGAGAGAGAGAGAGAGAGAGAGAGAGAGAGAGAGAGAGAGAGAGCUUCAGGCAACACGUUGCGUCAUACAUAAUCUCACAUAGUAUCACAUAGUUCAACUGUCAUCAAAACUAACCACAGUUUCAGGUAGCAAAACAAGAUUUGAAGGGAGGAUUUAUUGUCCAACACCACACCACAAUCUUGCUUUGGUAACAUUCGCUAGCCUUGCAGAUAUGGAUACUGCUGUUAUAUCCCCAUAAAAGUGUGUGUGUAUGAUUCUGAUUUGUCAAAAGUGUUGUGUGCUUCACAAAGAUGGUUUCAUCAGGCUAGUGUCUUUCAUUAUAUCACAUAGUCUACAAACCAAGUGUUAGCUCAGUAUCAUAUACAGUUGCUGUAAUUGUUGAUAUGAAUGAGACGUAUGCAGACUCAAGAAUGGGUCAAAAUACACAGUCCAUUUUAAAUGUUUGGAAUUAUUACAAAAUUAUACUGGGUAUCAAAUACAUUUGCUGUAAAGCUGACAUUACAAUAGUUUUGAUGCAUCUCGUAUGAGUGUAUGUUGUUCUUACUGUUAUUUUUACUGAUGUAAUGGAGGGUGUAUAUGCGUGUAUAAUGACCAUCAAUAAAUGAUGAACAAGCAGACAUUCCAAAUAGUGCCUUUGGUUUUGAUGUCUGUGUUUCCACCCUGAUAUAAAAAAGACAGUGCACCUGGGUACACAUAAACCCCCACACACACACACACACACACACACACACACACACACACACACACACACACACACACACACACACACACACACACACACACUUUCCUUUGCCCUAUUUUCCGCCUGGCUUUUAUCAUUGCUCCAUUCUUCCACAUUUCUUUACAGCGCGUGGGCCAAUCCUUCUAUUGUGGUGCUGUAAUUAUGCUCUGAAGCUGCAUGGGCUACAGUUCCACCUUUCCAGUCCAACAAGGACUGAACUCGUUCAGCGUCAACAACAAAACCCUAAAUGCCAGACAUUGAACCUGAACCCUCACACGCUCUCUUUCAUGGACAAGGGGCUUUGUGGCUUCGGGAAAGGGACACCAGAGGUUGAUUGUGUUUGAUGUGUUGCUAUGCGUGAGUGCCUCUGCAUUACAGAUUCACACUAUAUGCCACAAUGCCUGUCCAUUCUAUUAAAGGCCUUUUCUUACAUGGAGACACAAUAUAGUUGCCUUUGGGUUUUUCUUUUUCUUUUUGGCAUUACUUGAACAUAGAUAGACAGAGAGACAAAUAUGCACCACCUCAGUUGUACCACUGUUCCUAUAAUUUUCUAUACUGAAAUAAACAUAUUUUUUGGAUGA